AUGGCGGGAGAAGAAGAAACCGAAACGUUCGCGUUCCAAGCGGAAAUCAACCAACUGUUGAGUUUGAUCAUCAACACGUUCUACUCGAACAAAGAGAUCUUUUUGCGAGAAUUGAUCAGCAACUCCUCGGACGCGUUGGAUAAGAUCCGAUUCGAAGGCUUGACCGAUAAGAGCAAGUUAGAGUCGCAGCCGGAAUUAUUCAUCCAUUUAAUCCCGGACAAGACGAACAACACCAUCUCAAUCAUCGACUCCGGGGUUGGGAUGACGAAAGCGGAUUUGGUGAACAACUUGGGGACGAUCGCGCGAUCCGGGACGAAGGCGUUUAUGGAAGCGUUGACCGCCGGCGCGGAUAUUUCCAUGAUUGGCCAAUUCGGCGUUGGUUUUUACUCCUCGUAUUUAGUCGCGGAGAAGGUUGUCGUGUAUACCAAGCAUAACGACGACGAUGGGUACAGGUGGGAAUCCCAAGCUGGCGGGUCGUUUACGGUGACCAAAGACGCCGACGCGGACGCUUUGGGGAGAGGGACGAAGAUCGUUUUGCACUUGAAGGACGAUCAGAUGGAGUAUUUGGAGGAGAGACGAUUGAAGGAUUUGGUGAAGAAGCACUCGGAGUUUAUUUCCUACCCGAUUUCGUUGUGGACGGAAAAGACGACCGAGAAGGAAGUUUCCGACGACGAGGAAGAGGAGUCCAAAGAAGGCGAAGAAGAGGAAGGGAAAAUCACGGAGAUCAAAGACGAAGACGAAGCCAAGGAGAAGAAGAAGAAGACGGUCAAGGAAGUCUCGCACGAAUGGGCGAUCAUGAACAAGCAAAAGCCGAUUUGGAUGAGAAACCCGGAGGAAAUCACGAAGGACGAGUACGCCGCGUUUUACAAGUCGUUGACGAACGAUUGGGAGGAACAGUUGGCGGUGAAGCACUUCGCGGUGGAAGGUCAGUUGGAGUUCAAAUCAGUUUUGUUCGUCCCGAAGCGCGCGCCGUUCGAUUUGUUCGACGGGAAAAAGAAAGCGAACAACAUGAAGUUGUACGUGAGAAGAGUGUUCAUCAUGGACAACUGCGAAGACAUCAUCCCGGAGUAUCUCUCGUUCGUCAAGGGUAUCGUCGAUUCCGAGGAUUUACCGUUGAACAUUUCUCGCGAGAUGUUGCAACAAAACAAAAUCUUGAAAGUCAUCAAGAAGAACAUCGUCAAGAAGUGCAUCGAGAUGUUCAACGAAAUCGCGGAGAACAAGGACGACUACACGAAGUUUUACGAAGCGUUCGGGAAGAACUUGAAGUUGGGCAUCCACGAAGACACGCAAAACAGAGCCAAGUUGGCGGAAUUGUUGCGAUACAACUCCUCGAAAUCCGGCGAAGAGAUGACGUCGUUGAAAGAUUACGUCACGCGCAUGAAGGAAGGGCAAAACGACAUCUACUACAUCACCGGCGAAAACUUGAACGCGGUCAAAGCCUCGCCGUUCAUCGAGAAGCUCAAGAAGCGCGGCUACGAAGUCUUGUACAUGGUCGACCCGAUCGACGAGUACGCCGUCCAACAGUUGAAAGAGUACGACGGCAAAAAGUUGGUCUGCUGCACCAAAGAAGGCUUGCAACUCGAGCAAACCGAGGAAGAGAAAGCGUCGCUCGAAGAAACCAAGGCGAAGUUUGAAAACUUGUGCAGAACGAUGAAGGACGUCCUCGGCGACCGCGUGGAAAAAGUUGUCGUUUCCGACCAACUCGUCGACUCGCCGUGCAUUUUAGUCACCGGCGAAUACGGAUGGUCCGCGAACAUGGAAAGAAUCAUGAAGGCGCAAGCCUUGAGAGACAACUCCAUGUCCGCGUACAUGCAAUCGAAGAAAACGAUGGAGAUCAACCCGGACAACGCCAUCAUCAAGUCCUUGCACGCUCGCGCCGAAUCCGACAAAGGCGACAAGACCGUCAAAGAUUUGGUCUUGUUGAUGUACGAGACCGCCAUCUUGACGUCUGGUUUCUCCUUGGACGAACCAGCGACGUUCGGCUCUCGCAUCCACCGCAUGAUCAAGUUGGGCUUAUCCAUCGACGACGACGACGACGAGGAAGGCGACGACUUGGCUGACUUGCCGCCGUUGGAGGAAGACGUCGACGAAGGUUCCAGAAUGGAAGAAGUCGAUUAA